AUGGCUCGGACACUUGCUGGUGUAAUUGCAGGGAUGCGACGGCGCAGGGCCAACGGCGACGUGCGGCCAAGUCCAAAAUCCCCAUGUGGUUUGCAGGAGGAGGGACAACGUUCGGGAGAGCCGGAAGCGCAGGGCGCGGAGGACGUCGAGGAUGUCGAGAGCAUUCAGCCUUCCGAUGCUGAGCAGGGAGAUGCUGCGGCAUCCACGCCGACUCCCACGACUGCCGAGUCUGCUAGCGUUGAGCAAGUGAAGGAGAAGGCAUUCAGUGACCAGGAGUACGACCCGGAGACGAGUUCAGACUUUGAGCUCCAUGUCAGAGAAGCAUGUUUAAUCGGCAGUUCCGGUUGCGGGCUUUGA